CAGAAGGACGGUAAGAUGUCUUGUGUAUUUUGCAAAUUGUGAGUUCCAUUAUUUCUUUAACUUUUUGUACUUUUUAGAUUUUAAACGGGUGUGUUCAGAUGAAGAGAAAAUGAAAAUAAUCAUAGAUCUAAUUUGUGAUGUUUUCAAAUAUAUUGUGGGUGCUCAAUUUUUUAAAAAUGGGCAUUAAUUCAACUUCAUUUUGUUGUGUUAUCAUGUACUAUGACACAAAGGGGUAGAAAAUCUGCAGGUCUAUGUACACGUUACGUGACUUUUCUGUUGUUAGUCUGAUAGUAGUACGUUAUAGUCUGAUAUCAUUUUCUCUUAGGGUCAGAGGCUCAUUCUUGCUCAGUCUCUCUCUCAUUCAUACACAGGCACAUUUUCCAUAUCAUCUACUGUUCAUAAAUGUCUUUCGAGCUUUCCCUUUCACUCAGUCCCUCCACACUGAGCUUUUGAUUUUGUCCCCUGUCACCACCCCAUGAGAUUAGAUGCUUUACUUUAAUUCCAUUACUGCAUAAUCCUGCUGCUCCCCCUCUGCCCACCCUUUCCCAUCCGUCUACCCUGUCUUGUAUUGUUGUCUCCCAUAAUAAAUUUACACCCGCUAAUUUAAUUAAAUACUUGCAUCCUGCAAGCCGGGCCAGCGCCCCUCAUUCCAUAUUUUCCCUACUAAAUGAAAUCGGUCACCUAGGCCCCACACUUUCAUCAUCUUUGAAGCGUCACCUUUUCAGUUAUGCAAAUCCUGGUCUCUCUUUGAUACUGUUUUCCUCUUUGCAAGUGAAAAAACCACCAUCGUUAAAUCUAGUAUCAAUUUAUUUAUGAGCCCCUUUUAUUUGAUAAGCUUAAUUAUUAAUGUGCAAUGUGUUUUAUUCUUUUGUAAAAUAAAAGAAGGGGGUGUGGUGUAAUGGCAUCAGUUGAGAUUUUUCCUCUGUAGUGUCUGUAAUUCUCUUUUCCUAACAUAUACACGUGCAUCAUUUCUCCAUGAUCCACUGAUUCUGCAGUUGCGGAGCGCGGCCUCUCAGCCCGGUGUCACAAAGCUGUGGAAUCCUCUUCUUGCUGUGGAACUGGCAGUUAUUAAUAUGAAUUUAUAGGAAGGCUAUUAUCACUCAACUGGUCCUUCCAGAGGUCGUGCAAGCUCUCAGCAUGAAGGUGGUGCUGUGGACAGUGCUUGCACUUAGCCUGUGUGUAUACCAGGGGGCAAUCUCUGUACCAGUAGACCUUCACACUAACCCAGGGACCUCUACAGCUCCUUCCUCUGCCCCACCCACAGAGGAUGAGAGUGCACGCCUAGUGGAUUGGCUCACAAAGUAUGGCUACCUGCCUCCACCUGAUCCUUCUACUGGCCAGCUUCAGGUCUGGUCAGCUGUCACACAAGCUGUGAAGGCUAUGCAGAGGUUUGCAGGUUUGGACGACACAGGAGCCUUAGAUGAGGAGACACUAAGGCUAAUGCAGACACCGCGCUGUUCACUUCCUGAUAAAGGCAGUGAGGUCAGUGCUCUGUCAGCUUCAGACACCGAGGGUCAUGGCCAAAGAAUGAAAAGGGCAGCAUCACCCUGGACUCAGCGAAACAUCAAUUGGAGGUUACAGUCAUACCCUGCCUCCUCAGGUCUGUCCCGUGAGAUGAUUCGCACUCUGGUCUUCUAUGCACUCCGGGUGUGGGCGGAGCCUACACUUCUUGAGUUUCAUGAGGUUGGAGGGCCAAAGGGGACAGAUCUUCAGAUUGAUUUUUUAUAUGGCUUUCAUGGUGAUGGAUACCCAUUUGAUGGGGCUGGUGGAGCUGUUGGCCACGCCUUCUUUCCCUCUGACCCUGACAGAGCGGGAGAAGUUCAUUUGGAUGCAGAGGAGGAUUGGGCUUUCAGACAGCCAGCCUCAGAAGGCACAGACCUGUUCACAGUGCUGGUGCAUGAGCUUGGCCAUGCCCUUGGACUCUCACACUCAUCAACACGACGAUCUGUGAUGCGCCCAUAUUACCAAGGACCCCUGGGGGACCCUCUAAACUUCAGCCUUGACCCUCCCGACAGACAGCACAUCACAGCUCUCUAUGGGAAAAGGGGUCAACAUCUACACACAGACAGCCAUCCCCUCGAGGCUGAAGCUCAACUGAGACGUCAACAAGGAGACACACUCACAAACAGGCACAAACAUACUUUCAGUUAUUCUGUGGAUCGCUGCAACACCACUUUCGAUGCAGUUGCUAAGAUCCGAGGAGAGACAUUUUUCUUCAAAGGUCUGCGUAUGUGGAGGGUGAGCAGAGACGGUCUUAUCUCAAAGAAAGCUGUGUCUGUGCGCAGACUUUGGGGGGCUCUACCAUCCUCAUUACCCCCCUUGAGGGCUGUUCUGGAGAGAAAUACAGAUCAUGCUAUCAUCUUCAUUAGCGGCUCCCACGUCUGGCUGUUUAAGGACCUGUCUCUCCAGGAGGGCUUCCCAAAGACCCUGUCUGCCCUGGCUCCCAGUGGAUUGGAUGGAGGGUGGCAGGGCCUGCACUGGGAGCCUGAGCGCGGAGUGGUGUGGGGUCCUCUGAGAGAGCGCGCAGACAAGAGGGAGGGAGAUGAGGAGGAAAGUCGGGUUUGGAAGGAACUCAUCGAAGGAGGAGUAAACGGGAUGCUCGUGGAGAAUGACGGUUCCAUCUACCUUUUCAAGGGUCAUUCCUAUUGGAAAUUUCCAUACCCAGGCUCAGCCCCUGAGGAGGGAUACCCCAGGCCCUUGGCCACUGAUUGGCUAGACUGUCCUCAUCCCUCCCCCUUUCAACCCAGCGAUGUCUCGCUAAUAUCAGCCAUUGGUCAACAGGAGCAACAAAAGAGGAAAGAUCAAGCAACAGUAGACCAGAUCAGACACAGGGACAAAGUCGUGAACACUCAGCCUUACUGGGACUGCCCCUGUCUCAACAGAGCAACACAGUCUAAUGCAGGACUCCGUUUACUAAUAUUUACCCUGCUGUCACUCACGUUCACAAGGGUCCCUGUCACUUUAUAACCUACACACCCCCCCCCCACACACACACACACACAAACACACACACACACACACACCCUACACCUCCAGACAUUUUUGCAGUGGCAAAUAGCAAAAUAAUUACUAUCACAAAUUCUUAAAUGAUCAAACAAAUGUUAAAUAUAAUCUAUCUUUACUACCUAUUUAUUUUACGAUGAAAUACCAUUCAAAGGAUGCUUUAAUUAUUAACAGAAAAACAAAUCUGCAUCUUUUCAGUUUAGGAAUAUAAUUGUAUAACACUGUUCAAGAACAGUAAGCUGUUGUAAAUAGUCUUAUCUGAAACUGAGGCAGUAUAGCUCACAACUUCAUAAAACUAUUGUACACUGUAUAUGUAUUACAUUUUAUAGUCAUGAUAUAUUUAUUGAAAGUAAUGUUACUUAAUUAUGUCAACCAAGUUGAGGCAGGACACAAAUGCAACAGUGAGAAAUGUUUAUUGAGGGCAGUUCCAAACUCGUGGCUGUGGAUAGAGUCCAUGGUAGGUAAGCCGAUAGACAGAGAUAUGACUCUAUGGAUGGACAGACAGCCAGAUAAAUGUAUCCAAACAUUAUUCAAAUCUGGCAUAUUCUCCAUACUGAGAAGGAGAGCCCAUUGAACCAAUGUAAUGCAAUACCAAGCACUGAACAACAAACAUUAAUGACUGGUAAAAGUGAAUGAUUUACAGUGUAUGUCAGUUAUCACCACAACACUAGAGACUGGCAAGUAUGUGCUUCUAAAUAUAUGCUUACAGGUUAAUUUUUUAAUCUUUUUCAUGGGGGGGAGCCAAUAAGUAAUAAAUACUUGCCUAUGUUGUUUGCAUACCA